AUCUCCAUGUGCGGCGAACGUGUGUAGGUGUUUGUGAUGUUUAUUUGCUAAUUUUGAAGUUGCUCCGUCGAGUGCUCGAAGAGCCGUCGUCCCCGAUCACUUCCCUUGAUGCAGCAGAACCGCCGUCAAUUGCAUUGUGAUUUCGCCAAAUUCGGAACAUUUAGUUCGCCCGCGGCCGAAUAGUUUCGUGAUAAACAAGGAAUUGUGUGAAUGUCCGGAAGAGUCAGCAUUCUUCCAGCCCCGAGCAAGUUACUAUGAGCGAGGAUGACAGGGACAUCGACAUCGAGAGCGACGAAGAAAAUGACUCCGACCCACGACCGCCGCCGCGCAAUGCAAUUAAUCCCAGCUACUCACAGGCCGAAAAGCGGGCUCAUCACAAUGCUCUAGAGCGAAAGAGGCGCGAUCAUAUAAAAGACAGUUUUACGUCAUUACGUGAAGCGGUUCCAUCACUUCAAGGCGAAAAAGUACCAAGUAGAGCACAAAUACUCAAAAAAGCAGCCGAGUACAUUCAGUUUAUGCGGCGGAAAAAUCAAGCACAUCAACAAGAUAUCGAAGACCUGAAAAAACAAAAUAACGCAUUAGAGUCACAAAUACGGCAACUGGAAAAGGCGAAAGAUUCAUUUUCAGACCAAAUGGCAGACCGGAUCAAGUCAGAACCAGAAAGUUCGGAUGAUGAUGAAAAUCACAUGAAUGGACGCCGGAGUAAAAAGAUGAAGUCGUCAGCUUAUCACUGAAUGCUAUUGGUCAAGGAUUAACCGCAAGCUGAAAUCAAAGAAUGGAAAUGAUCAAAAUAAAUCCAUAGAAACGUUCAGGAAUUAAAUGGCGAUUGUAUAUUUCAUUCAUUUUUCUAGUUGACGGAUAAUAAUGACUUUUGUAAAGCCUGCAUACACUAUUAAUUUUUAGGGAUAUUUUUGUGCAAAAUAUAAUAAAUUAUUUUAAGAUGA